AUGGCUGACAAAACUGUAGCGGGUGUCCUCGCCUCUAAAACUCAAGAAAACGUCAUAUUUUCACCGCAGAUUACUAAAGAAGAAGAAGCCAUCAACUUUCACCAAAGGGAAGACUCUGCACUGCAGCAAGAUGGAACAUAUAUAUGGGUUCACGUGGACUCAGUUGACAAACCCAAGUAUUGCACCCUAAAGAAUGAAAUUGCAACGAAUGUGCUUGGUGUUUACACACCGGACAUGCAAUUUAUUUAUCUCCUCACAGGGUGGGAAGGUUCAGCUGUAUAUGGUAAGGUGUUGAGGGAUGCCAUCAAUAGGAGACAUAGGUUAAAGGUCACCCAAGGGUUUUAUUACUUAUGUGAUGUUGGAUACACUAAUGGGGAAGGGUUCCUGGCACCAUAUAGAGGGCAACGAUAUCAUUUGAAUGAGUGGAGGCAAGGUCGUCAACCAGCGACACUGCAAGAAUAUUUCAACAUAAAACACUCUCAAGCAAGAAAUUGUAUUGAGAGAAAUGAACUGCCAACAGACCCAAUCAAGAGUGAGGUCGGUGAAGUGUGCAACGUCGAGGACGACGAGGAGGACAGUGGUGAAGUUAUAAUGCAUGUGGAGACGAGCGCCGCGUGGACUGUGUGGAGAGAUAAUUUAGCUCAAGAAAUGUUCAACAGUUGGAUUUCUUUGUGA